AAUUGUACGAUUCUUCCACCUAAAAUAUCUCUACAUCUAUAUAUAUAUGUAUUCCCCUCCUCGAUCUUCUCUCCGUCCGUUUCAAUUCCUAUUCUCUCCCUCUUCUUGUUGCUCCGGCACUCCUUCCAUGGCUGUCGAAGCUCGUCGUCUCCCUCUCUCUCCUUCUCAACUCUUAUCCAACCGAGAAGCGAUGAUGAACACCAUGGAACCAAGCGCCGGUUUCUGCACCAAACAGACGGCGUACGGCGCUGCGCCGUCGAUUACGGCGGCGGAUACGUCUCGUCUUCAUAUUUACGACUACGGCGAUACCGCCGCCGUCCCCACCACCAUGGAUUCGUUCGCUCCUCAGGUCGUCAAGUCCGUCGAUGUCUCCUCCUUCACGUACUACGACGGCAGCAAUAUCAACUGUGAUGUCUUCCCGUUACCCUCGAGAAAACGGUCGAGAGAUUCUAUGGCGACUUACCCCACUCUUCAUCAGAACUCAAGGUCGUGUGCUCCUUUGUCGUUUCUCGGCCAAGAUAUAUCGUUGCAGAUUCACCAGCAACAGCUCGAAACCGAUCGUUUGAUCGCCUUCCACAUGGGGAGAGUGAAGAUGGAGAUGGAAGAGAGGAGGAAGAGGCAAGUGAGGACGAUGAUGGGGGCGAUAGAACAAGGGGUGAUGAAAAGGCUGAGAGCCAAGGAGGAAGAGAGGGAGAAGCUUGAGGAUCUGAACAACGCGCUUGAGGAGCGCGUGAAGUCACUCGCCAUCGAGAACCAGAUUUGGCGGGACCUCGCUCAGACCAACGAAGCCACGGCUCAAGCCCUCCGCACCAACCUCGAGCAGGUCCUGGCGCAGGUGAAGGACAUGCACAUCCCCCCGGUCGGCGGCGCACGCCUGGGAUUAUCCUGCGCCGACGCCGGGUCUUGCUGCGGGAGCAACGACGGCUCCGGAGAGGAGGAGGACGUGGAGAGGCGCGUUUUAGCGGGGGAGGCGCAGGAUAAGGGGAGGAUGUGUAGGAGCUGCGGGGAGGAGGAAUCGUGUGUGGUGCUGUUGCCGUGCAGACACCUGUGUCUCUGUGGGGUUUGUGGGUCCACUCUGCACACGUGUCCCAUCUGCAGAUCCCCUAAGAACGCUAGUGUUCAUGUCAACAUAUCAUCAUGACCCUUCCAGAGUUACAAAAAAAAAAAAUUGGAAUAUAUUAUUAUUUAAUUUGACAGA